CUACCCAUCUUUAUAUAUACGUGUGAUAUAAACUUCAUGUAAACAACACUUUUGGAUCUGAAGAUUCCGAACUCAACAUUUCUAAUUCCUUCUUCUGUCUCUCUCUUGUUCACAUUCUGCAGGAACAGAAAACAGAAUGGGAUCGAGUCAGUCUUUUUGUUGGGUUCUUUUGUUCUGUCUCCUUCUUUCAGGCUUUGUGGCUCAAACUCAUGGCAAAAUGAAAGAGCAAGGUCUGCCUCCUCUCAGCCAGUCCAAGUUGAAGCCACAUUUCGGAUUCGACACCAGUUUUUUCGAGGCAGUUCAGGCUGUCAACGAAGACAAAGUUUAUGUUCCUCAUGAGGAGUACUCGAAGGAGGAAGACAGGAUCGAGAGACUGCCUGGACAACCACGGGUGAAAUUCUCACAGUAUGGUGGGUAUGUCACGGUGGAUAAAGCCGCGGGUCGUGCUCUUUUUUAUUAUUUUGCUGAAGCCAACAAUCCCAAGAAAGAUUCAUUGCCUCUUCUUCUCUGGCUUAAUGGAGGCCCAGGUUGUUCAUCCCUGGCCUAUGGAGCAAUGCAAGAGCUCGGACCAUUCCGCGUCCGCAGUGACGGCAAAACACUUUACGCAAACAGAUUUUCUUGGAACCAUGCUGCAAACCUUCUGUUCCUCGAGUCUCCUGCCGGAGUAGGAUUUUCGUACUCGAACAGAUCAUCAGAUUAUAAUACGUGUGGUGAUAGAAAAACUGCAGCAGAUAAUUAUGUAUUCUUGGUGAACUGGCUUAAGAGAUUUCCCGAGUACAAGAACAGACCUUUUUAUAUUUCUGGAGAAAGCUACGCUGGGCAUUAUGUUCCUCAACUUGCACACACCAUUCUUCUUCAUAAUAAGAAGGCUAACAAGACCAUUAUCAACCUCAAGGGAAUUAUUAUUGGGAAUGCAGUGAUCAAUGAUGAAACAGAUAACCGAGGAAUGUACGAUUAUUUUGCGAGCCACGCACUCAUUUCGGACGAGGAUGCCCAAAAAAUAAACAAAUACUGUGAUUUUUCACCCGAUGCCAAGAGUCAAAAUCGCCAGUGUAAUGAUGCCACCGUUGCUGCCAACAGGGACACUUACUACCUCGAUAUCUACAACAUCUAUGCUCCCCUCUGCACCAUGGCCAACUACACUACUCCUCAACCCAAGAAAGUUUCUAUAUCCAAUUUCGAUCCAUGCAGCGAUGGUUAUGUGUAUGUUUAUCUGAAUCGGCCUGAGGCUCAAAAAGCCCUUCAUGCCAAUGUAACCAAGCUUGCACAUGACUGGCAACCGUGCAGUGAUAUCAUAACAGACUGGGGAGAUAGCCCCUCAACCAUCAUUCCCCUUCUGCAGGAGUUCAUGGCCAACGGACUUCGAGUUUGGGUUUUCAGUGGGGACAUUGAUGGAAGGGUUCCAGUUACAUCAACAAAGUAUUCUCUGAAUAAAAUGAAUCUUCCUGUUAAGACUGCAUGGCACCCUUGGUACUUCAAUGGAGAGGUUGGUGGGUAUACAGAAGUGUACAAGGGAGACCUCACAUUCGCAACAGUUAGAGGGGCAGGGCAUCAAGUUCCCAGCUACCAGCCUGCCAGAGCAUUUUCUUUAAUCAAGCAUUUCCUUGAUGGCACACCUCUUCCUGACACCAAAAGAUAUUAGCUUUUCAAUUUAUUCUUCCAUUUGCUGCUUAGUUCCAACUUCCAACUAGGUUGACACCAAAGGAUAUUGUUAGUGUCAAUUUAUUCUCCACUCUUUUUUUUUUUUUUUUACUAUUUUUAUUUAGUUUUCCAUUUGCUUAGUUCCAACUAGGUUGAAUUAUUCAAAGUACUGGUAUAGCAAAGCAAGGUGCAUUUAAUUAAAGCAAAAUGAUGAUUGUUUUUCCUUCU